UGCGCACGGGCGGAGGCGCGCUGAGGACUCGCUGGAGCCGGCAGGUGGAGGGAGGGGUGGUCCCGGGAGUCACUGCCAGGAGUCGGCGCGCCCCAGGUCCGGGGGCGCCCGCGUUCCCUGGGCCUCGGAGGCCUGGACGCGUUCGGAAGGUGGCUUUUUGCGGGGACGUGACCUGAGCUUCCCUCCUCGGCUGGGAGUGGAGGAGAAUGGGGAUCGCUGAGGCCUUUAAUUAAUUGGGCGCCUGUUGUUUGUCCGAGGUGCAGCCUGUUGAGUUUGCAAACGAGCGGCCCCACAUGGACACUUAACACGCGCUCACCACCUCCACUCCCAUUUCCCCCCCACCCCAUGUAGGAGAUGACACAUGGGGUCUCAGCACUCCUCCUCUGCCCUCACGUUUUGUCAACGAAAGAAGGAUGACAACCCGGAGGACUUGCUGGCUGGUAGAGAUCAGGAGGAAGCCAUCGCUCAGUUUCCCUAUGUGGAGUUCACUGGGAGAAAUAGCAUCACCUGUCACACCUGCCAGGGAGCAGGCUACAUCCCAGCAGAGCAAGUCAAUGAGCUGGUGGCUUUGAUCCCCCACAGUGACCAGAGGUUGCGUCCUCAGAGAACGAAACAGUAUGUCUUCCUGUCGGUCCUGCUGUGUCUCCUGGCAUCUGGCUUGGUGUUCUUCUUUCUGUUUCCGCACUCGGUCCUCGUGGAUGAUAAUGGCAUCAAAGUGGCGAAAGUCACGUUUAAUAAGCAGGACUCCCUUGUGGUCCUCGAUGUCAGGGCCACCCUGAAGAUCAGGAACUCCAACUUUUAUCCUGUGGCUGUGACCAACCUGUUCAGCCAGGUUCAGUACAUGAAGGCCGUGGUAGGCUCAUACACGACCAUGAACGUCUCGCUCAUUCCCCCUCGGAGUGAGCACCUGGUGAAUUUUACGGUGAAGGCUGAAGUAGGAGGACCGUCUUCCUAUGUGUACUUCUACUGCACACUCCCUGCCAUCCUGGUACACAACAUUGUGAUCCUCAUGAGGACUUCUGUGAAGAUUUCGUACAUUGGCCACAUAUCCCAGAGUACCCUAGAGACACAACACUACGUGGAUUGUGGGGAGAACUCUACAGCUGUUCAGAGCCUGGUCCCGGUUCCCCAGGGGCCACACCUGUAGAAGGAAGUCUAGCAUCUGUUCCUGUGGCUAGCCCAGCAUCUGUAUGAUAUAAGUGGAGGAGGAGGAGGCUGCUGCUCUCUCAACCCACAGGAAACAUCUUCCUGCACUUAGGGGAAAGGCGCCUUUCUAACAGAACCACGGGCUGCCCAGUGCCUGCUCUGUGCCUGGCAAACAGUUAGCACUCAACCUCAGGUUGAAGAAUUGAGUUCAGAUUCUUUGGCUGCUCUUGAGUCAUUAUAAGUUGAGAUGAACCGGGGUUCCAGGUUUUCAGAGCAGAGUAACUAGAAGGUAGGAUGCUAGUGCCGCUGGACCUGUGUGGAGUGAGUGAGAGAAGCACCAGCAGGACAGGGUGUUUAGGACACGAGCCCCUCAGUGGCUGCUUUUGCCUCUGCUCCCUAAUACCCGACCCCCCGGCUUUCUGGAAAGGUUUUGGCAUCUCUUUUCCUUCCCCAUACAAAGUGAUUACAGUUUCCCUCCAAGGGUCUAUUGAAGGGCUUGACGGAGCUUUGAUCCACUGGCUGGAUAUAGAUCGGGAAUUUGAUAGAAAAAUAAACCCUGCUUUUGAUUGAUC